AACGAUGCCAUGGUAAGACAAAUGCAAAAACAUCUGACUGAUUGGCGCCACACGAUGAAAAAACACUGGGUAGAUGUUGGAGGAGAGGUGGACAAUGAGAGAGCGAAGUCAAAACCUUUUGUGUCGAUUACUUCUUCUGAUUGGGCAAUUCUGUGUGAUUUUUGGGCUUCUGAUUCUCACCAGCGUAUAUCGAAGAAAAAUAAAGAAGCUCGAGCUAAAAUGACCAUACCAGGAGGACACGGUUCCAAAUCCAUCGUUGCCCAUGUUUAUGAUUACGUAAAUUAUAAUAACUUAUAUCCUUACAUUUACGAAAAUAUUAUAAAUGUCACAAUGUUUAAAUAAUUUGCUUUUUUAGAUGGACCCAUCUACUGGCCAGCUCCCGAGCAUGAUCGACACAUUCGAGCACCUCCACAAGAAGAAGGAUAAGUGGAUUAGUGAU